AUGACAAAAGCCAAGUCAAUCCAGAAGGUAGAUUUCGAACAGCUACAGAAUCGUGAUGUGCGCCGCCGAUAUACUGCCAAAGUACAAAACAGAUUCGAUAGUCUCACCGACCAGGGAGAGGAGGUCACUUGGGAAUCAAUGAGGGACAUUCUUGUAGAAACAGCUGAAGAGACAUUACCUAAAAAGGAAAAGAAAAGUAAACAGAGAUGGAUGACGGAGGAGAUUCUAGCAAAGAUGAGUAUAAGGCAGAAGAUCAAGGACAGAGAUGGAUGUCAUUACAGAGAGUUGAACAGAGAAAUUCACGACCACUGCACAAAAGCUAAAGAGGAAUGGCUGAACAAACAGUGCGCCGAGAUAGAGAAAAGUUUUAAUGCAAACGAUCCCAGGGUUUUUAAGAAGGUAGAUGAACUUUCUGGAAAGAAACUUCGGAGCUCCAAGCCGGGAUGCAUCAAGGCAAGGGAUGGAUCAGUACUAGUUGAAAAGGAAGAGAUACUGAACAGAUGGACUGAGUACAUUGGCGAGCUUUUUGAUGAUGUAAGAAAAGAACCUCCACACUGUGCAGGAUCUAUUGAAGGACCUAGGAUUCUGCUCUCAGAAGUGAGGUCACCGAUCAGCGUGAUGAAGAGGAACAAAGCUGAUGGUCCUGAUGGAGUAGUAAUGGAGAUGGUCGAAGCAUUGGAGAACUAUGGUGUCAUGAAACUAACUGAAGUCAUCAUUAACAUCUAUGGUGAUGGAAAGUUUCCAGAUGACCUGUGCAAAUCGAUAUUUAUUACACUUCCCAAGAAACCUGGAGUAGUGGAAUGCGGGCAACAUAGAAUCAUCAGCCUCAUGAGCCAUAUUACAAAGAUCAUCUUGCAUGUUCUACUUUAA